CCCGUGUGUGUCAAACCAUACUGCAUCCCAAUAAUUGAUCUUUUAAUCAUUCUUUAUUAUCUUAUCCUUGGUAUUGUGGCUAGUGGGGUAUUUUCAAAAGACUUUUUUGACAAAUCAACAUCACACUAUUAAAAAAGGGAUCUCGACGGAGACCAACCUUCAGCUCUCUGGCAAUGGCGUAUCCCGGUUCGCCUAUCUUGAUGAAGCUCCUCGUCUUCAUCUUUUUAUCAACUUUUGUAGUCACUAACGUGAGCUCGGAAACUAAGUGCCGGGAGUUCAAAUCGAUCAUCAGUUUCGGAGAUUCCAUUGCCGACACUGGAAACUUGCUUGGCCUCUCAGAUCCUAAAGAUCUUCCUCACAUGGCGUUUCCACCGUAUGGAGAGAACUUCUUCCACCACCCAACUGGUCGUUUCUCCAACGGCCGCCUCAUCAUUGAUUUCAUCGGUACUUUUGACUUUACAGUUUUACUUAAGGUGUGAGUAAGUAAGUGUGUAAAAAGGUGAAACUAAAAGAGUUAUUAAAUUUCUUCAGCCCUUUCUUUGUUUUCAUCUUCUUUAUGGUUUUACUUGAUUACCAAGUUUGAUUGUGUAAAACCUGAAAUCAUCUAAAUACAGAACCAUUAAGUGUGGUUAAGUCUUUAUGACCAACUUACAGGCUGUAAGUUACAGCUCUUAGUUCAUGUUCUUUUCUUUGGUUCUGUUCACAGCUGAAUUCUUGGGUUUACCGCUUGUGCCUCCAUUCUAUGGAUCUCAUAAUGCAAACUUUGAAAAGGGAGUUAAUUUCGCGGUAGGGGGAGCAACCGCUUUGGAACGUUCCUUUCUUGAAGACAGAGGAAUUCAUUUUCCUUACACUAAUGUGAGUUUAGGCGUUCAGCUUAAUAGCUUCAAGGAGAGUUUACCUAGCAUAUGUGGCUCUCCUUCAGACUGUAGAGAUAUGAUAGAAAAUGCUUUGAUUCUCAUGGGGGAAAUUGGAGGGAAUGACUAUAACUACGCGUUCUUCGUGGACAAAGGCAUUGAAGAGAUCAAGGAGCUGAUGCCCCUGGUGAUCACUACUAUUUCUUCUGCAAUCACGGAGUUGAUCGGUAUGGGGGGAAGAACAUUUUUGGUGCCCGGAGAGUUCCCAGUCGGAUGCUCAGUAUUGUAUUUGACAUCACAUCAAACAUCAAACAUGGAAGAAUACGAUCCUUUAACAGGAUGUUUGAAAUGGCUGAACAAGUUUGGUGAAAACCAUGGUGAGCAGCUUAGAGCAGAACUCAACAGACUCCAGAAGUUGUACCCUCAUGUUAACAUCAUAUACGCUGACUACUACAACGCGCUGUUUCACCUUUAUCAAGAACCAGCCAAAUUCGGAUUCAUGAACAGACCUUUGUCCGCUUGUUGCGGCGCAGGAGGACCGUACAACUAUACCGUAGGUAGGAAAUGUGGGACUGAUAUAGUUGAAAGUUGUGAUGAUCCUUCAAAGUAUGUGGCUUGGGACGGUGUUCAUAUGACUGAGGCUGCGUACAGAUUGAUGGCUGAGGGUAUACUAAAUGGACCGUAUGCGAUUCCUCCUUUUGAUUGGUCUUGCCGUAGCUCUGGAGUUAAGAACAGUGGGUCAUCUGACACAUAGAAUUCUUUGAUGAGAAACUGAUACAAGUUGGUCAAAAAAUUGAGAAAAGGAUACUGAUAAAAACAUGUAUGUUCCUUAGUAUUGUCUUGGAUCAUGUUCAUGUAUUGUAUCAUGUUGUUAUGUGAAAUAAUUUAAAAGGGUAUCAUGUUCAUGUAUACUCCACUCCAUAUAGAGAGUAAGUAACCGGCAACGGCAUUGAAAACUUGGAGAUAAAUUGGAAUAUUUGUUGAUUCAAUUUGGAAAAUGGCAAAAACAAAUUAUUUAGC